GCCUCCGCAAAGCUGCGGGUUCUGGAGCGGAGGGCCGCGGAGUCGCCGUUCCUGACGUCAUCAGCGCUCGCCGCGAGCGUCCGGCGGGCUGAGCUCCGCUGUGCGAUCUGCGCCGCGAUGCUGCGGUUGUGCCGGGCCGCUUCGCAGGCCUGGCUUCGACCUUCUGGCUCCCGGGUCCUCAGCUCGCUAGCGGAGGACGCGACGCGGCCAGCCGAGAGCUCGGAGCCGGGGGAUAACGUGGGCCUCCUAGAUCCCGUGUUGCGCAAGUGCGAGCUUCGGAUCCCGGCGCACCGGCGCCCGGUGCAGGCCUGGGUUGAGUCGCUGCGAGGCUUCGAGCCGGAGCGCGUCGGCCUGGCAGAGCUGCACCCUGAUGUGUUUGCCACGGCGCCCCGGCUGGACAUUCUGCACCAGGUUGCCACCUGGCAGAAGAACUUCAAGAGAAUCAGCUACGCCAAGACCAAGACCAGGGCUGAGGUGAGUGGUGGUGGCCGCAAGCCCUGGCGACAGAAGGGCAGUGGCCGUGCCCGGCAUGGCAGCAUCCGUUCCCCCCUAUGGCGGGGAGGAGGCGUAGCCCAUGGUCCCCGGGGCCCUACAAGUUACUACUACAUGCUGCCCAUGAAAGUGCGGGCACUGGGCCUCAAGGUGGCCCUGACUGUCAAGCUGAUGCAGGAUGACCUACACAUCGUGGAUUCCCUGGAGCUGCCCACUGCAGACCCUCAGUACCUGACAGAGCUGGCCCAGUACCGCCACUGGGGGAGUUCCGUGCUCCUUGUAGACUUGGAACAUGAGGAGAUGCCCAAGAACGUGGUGGAGGCCACCUCUGGGCUCAAGAGCUUCAACCUGAUCCCUGCAGUCGGCCUGAAUGUGUACAGCAUGCUCAAACACCAGACUCUGGUCCUCACCCUGCCUUCCGUCGCCUUCCUGGAGGACAAGCUACUCUGGCAGGAUUCAAGAUACACUCCACUCUACCCCUUCCGCUUGCCCUACAGUGACUUCCCCUAACCCUGCCCUGGUCACAUAGAGGCCCACCCCACUUGGGGGCCAAGUCAGCCCACCAGCAAUCCUGCAAGAAAAGCUCUUCCCUGGAAGCUGCUGAGCCUUGGUGCCAGGAGAUUAACUGCACAGAGCCAAGAAGAAUGCCUCCCUGGGGAUCUCUUUUGUCACAUUAAAAAUGAACCCUGUUUUUCACAAUA